CACCAUCACUUCAAAUGCAUUCCAUCUUGGUGUUAUCGGUUGGCCUAGACUACUGGUAGUACUGGUAAAAUUUAAAUUAUGAAUCGCAAAUCACCAUACAGCUGACACACUUCGAUUUCAUCAAUCAUUUUGACUUCAAUUUGGUUGUCAAAAAUACUAUCAGUCUUAGCUGAUGAAUGCCCUAAUCUCUGGACAGUGAAUUGGUUCAAUGACAUUGUUGUUUCGUCUCUUAAUCACUUUUAAUUGAUCUAAAAAUUAUGCAUUAACCAUGAAUUUAACCGACUGUUUGUUUAUAAUUCAACUUUGCCCGGCCUUAUUAUCUAUUUCACUUGCUUUGGCAAUGUAAAUUGAGAGAGAGAGUGAGAGAGAGAGAGACAGAGAGAAUAAAUGCAGAUUGGCGCUUGUAAAGACGGACUGUUGAUAAGUACAGUCAUUAUCAACCUGACAAUAACUGAAACCAAUCCAGUCAGACUCGGGAGGUCUUGGGUGUAAUAAGCAGGAAGAGAAUCGCACAUCAUAACCAUCAAACGAACAGAGGGUAAGCAGAACAGACCAGAUGAUAUCACUAUACAUUUCCAGUUGGUUAGUUAUUGUUUUCUUAAAAGGGAAAAUGUUUGGUUUUAUAUUACAGGAUUCAUUAUGACCUAGACAACGAAGUUGUGGGCACAUACUGUUGUGGCGGGUUGGACUGGAAUGUGCUUUGUGGAUUACUUAUUGGCCCAGUAAUGCAUUUCCUUGUUCUCCACAUGAUAUAGUAAUACCUCUACUCUGAUAUAAAGUAUUAGUGCUCCAGACGUCAUGGCUUAGGAAUUGUUAAACUGUUUACUGUGAUGCAUUUGGCUACUCUCACUGUGGCUAAUGAUUGACAGAAGUUUUACAGUAACCAAGUUAUUUAUCAGGAAGAGACAUAUAAACCUCAACGUAUCCAGACAGAUUGGUAUUUGCGCAAUGAGACUGAUCAGAAAACAUUUAUUUAUUUUUAGAAUAAACAAUUGUACAGAUAAUAAAGGACAAAUCAAAUAGAGAAUAACACAUGAAAGCUUUUUUUAUACAACACUUGUUUUCAGUGUGGGUCUCAGGCUUUCAAGCUGCCCACUUGGCAAAACUAGAAAUAUUGGUAUGGCUGCAUACCAAUCGUCAACAUGACGUUAGUAGCAUGUGGGUAGACUGUGCACAUACCUCUCUUUCGGCCAGGCCAGUCGAAGUGUUCUUUUAUCACGUGUCUAUGUUAUGUAAGAUAUCCGUAGAUAACACAUACCUAGAGUAUGCAGUUUAAGAUAGUGGCCGUGUUCCAGGCCGACUGCAUUGCGGACGCCUAGCUGCCAGAUCUCACAACGCAUGGAUUGGUAUUUAACAUAUCAGCUAACCACAUCUUAUGAUAUAGCAAUCUGAUGCCUGAAUACACAGUCAAGGAUGUGGCACACAACCAUUGGUUAAUGCAAUGUAGCGCCUGAAAUGUAGUUUGCCUGGAACGUGACUAUUAUAUAAACAGUGGUGGAGUUGUGAGAUCUGGCAGGCAUCUGAAAUAUAGUCCACCUGGGAUGUGCACAGCACUAAUGAGUGUAUAAGUGCUGCCCUUUAGAGAAAAACAACAUAUUUGUUCACCAAACUGAUAGAACAAAAGCAAAGGGCACAGCUCUACUGCAUCAAAACUAUUUUUAUUUAGAGUGGGACACCUGUGUUUGUCCCACUGUGUGUAAGAAAUAAUAAAAUAAAGAUCUCACUGUUCCGGACCGAAACGUUGCUGCUAUGGAUUUACUCUGUAAAUAGAAAGUGAGUUCUGAAAACAGCAAAAUUGCACCCUUUAGUUCUGAAGUAAUAAUAGGAGCAGCUAGAGAGAAAUAAAUUGGUUAUGAGUCUCAGUUUUACAGAGUUUAGUUCUCGUCUGGUGGCCAUGCUAACGUGUAUGUUUCAGCUUGUCAUCAGGACACACUCCUUUAUAGACCUCCCGGAUGACCUGGGGCAUGAGUUGGUUCAGGUUUUUCUGUGACUCAGGAAACUCUGUAGGACUUCCCACCCAUCCGAAGAGGCCAUGUGACAGACAUUGUUGAAAAGAUGUUGAAGGUCUACCGUGAUGAAGGAUCCAACUGCAUGUGCUGAGUAAAAUCUGCUGUAAUGGAACACAGUGAGUGGAGCUGGAGGGCAGGUCUGACCAAGCAUCAGUCCAGCUGUUCAGUGUGUGAGCAAGGGCUGAGAGACCCCGUCUCUUUAAACUGUGGACACAGAGUGUGCAGACAGUGCAUCGGCAGCUACAGGGACCAGCCUGCUCCAUCAGGAGACCCUGGCUGCCCCCAGUGUGGAAAGAUAUCCAGAACACAUUCUGAACCGAACCUACUACAACAACAUGGUAUUAAACACCAAGAAAAAGACCAGCAUGUUGAGGAGUAUAGAGUAGCUUCUAUCCCAACCUCCAUUAGAGCUCAGGAUGGAAGCACUAUCAUCGCCCCCUUCAUCUACAACUCUACUGUAAGAGACAUCAUCAUCACUGUGCCAAAAACAGAAGCCCCACAUAGCUGUUCCACACAACAAGUGAAUGAUAUUCUCAAGACAUACAAAGCCAGUCUGAGGAAGAAGUUUGCAUUGGUGUUAGAAGGCACUGCAGUAGAUCAAACUCCCCUUAAUAGGAUUUACACACAGCUCUACAUCACACAGGGAGAGUGUGAAGGGGUUAAUAAAGAACAUGAGGUUCGGCAGAUUGAAUAUACAUCCAGGAGAAAAACAUCACCAGACACCCCUAUCGACUGUAAUAACAUUUUUAAACAAUCACAUGGAGAAGAGGAACACAUAAGAACUGUGCUGACAAAGGGCAUCGCUGGAAUCGGAAAAACAGUCUCAGUGAAGAAGUUCAUCGUCGACUGGGCAGAAGGACAAGCCAAUCAAGAUGUAGAUUUCAUAUUUGUGCUUCCUUUCAGAGAGCUGAAUCUGAUUAAAAAACAAUGCAGUCUUCAUGGACUUUUAAAUGGAUUUCACCCUGAACUUUCUGAGAUAGAUGUAAAGAAGUACACUGAUUGUGAAGUUCUGUUCAUCUUUGAUGGUCUGGAUGAAAGCAGACUUCCCUUGGAUUUCCAAAACAACGAGACGCUGUUUGAUAUGACACAGAUCUCAUCAGUAGAUGAGUUGCUGACUAACCUCAUCAAGGGGACUCUGUUUCCCAAAGCGCUCCUCUGGAUAACCUCCAGACCAGCAGCAGCAAAUCAGAUUCCCCACGACUUGGUCAGUCGGAUUUCAGAAGUACGAGGGUUCACUGACACGCAGAGAGAAGAAUACUUUAAGAAGAGAUUUGGUGAAGGGAAACUAGCCAACAAAAUCAUUUCACAUGUAAAGACAUCAAGGAGCCUCCACAUCAUGUGCCACAUACCAGUCUUCUGUUGGAUCACUGCAAAGGUUCUAGAGGAUGUGUUUCGUAGACAGAGAAAUGAGAGAGGAGAGAUCCUUACAACUCUGACUGAGAUGUACGCUCGCCUCAUGGUCAUUCAGAUAAACCUGGCAAAUGAAAAGUAUCAGGGGCAGAAUGAGAGGGAUAGACAGAAGAUCUUGGCAUCAAAGAAAAUCUUCAUUUUGAACCUGGCACAAUUAGCAUUUCAACAGCUGCAAGAGGGCAAUAUCAUAUUCGACGAGGAAGACCUGAGAAACUGUGGGAUUGAUGUUAGUGAAGCCUCAACAUACUCUGAGUUUUGCACAGAAUUCCUGAAAGAAGAGUGCGGGUUGUAUACAAAGGUGUACUGCUUUGUGCACCUGACCUUUCAGGAGUUCCUUGCUGCACUGCAUGUCUUUCACUGCUGUGUGAGCAACAACAUCAAGGCCCUUGGGUCUUUCCUGGAGAAUGCUUCUGCAGUGCUUCCCUUGCAUGAGUUGCUGAAGAUGAUGGUGGACAAAGCCAUGAAUAGUCUAAAUGGACACCUGGACCUAUUCCUCCGCUUCCUUGUUGGCAUAACACUGGAUUCCAAUCAGAGACUGUUGCAAGGCCUACUGCCAAAGACAAAGAUCAGCUCAGAGGCUGUUGAGGAGAUUAGAAAAUACCUCAAGAAUCCUGGUGCACAUCACGUGUCACCUGAAAGGUACAUCAACCUUUUCCUCUGUUUGACUGAGAUGAAGGACAAUUCAGUUCAGGAGAACGUUCAGAAGUUCCUUGAGUCUGGAGAAGAACUGUCACCUGCUGACUGCUCAGCACUGGCCUAUGUGCUUCUGAUGUCAGAGGAGGUGCAGGAUGAGUUUGACCUGGUGAAAUACAACACAUCAGAGGAGGGGCAUGACAGACUGGUCCCAGCUGUAAGAAACUGCAGAAAGGCAAUAUUGUCUGGCUAUACUCUUUCAAAUCAGGUCUGUGACACACUGGCCUCCGUUCUCCAAUCUGCAUACUCACCUCUGAGAGAGUUGGACCUGAGGAACAGUGAGCUGUUUGAUGAUGGAGAGUUUAUACUUUUUGCUGGACUGGAGGAUCCACACUGUAAACUGGAAACACUGAGACUUACUGGCUGUGGCAUCACAGGGGAGUCUUGUGAAAUAUUGGUCUCUCUUAACUUAUCUCUUAUUGAGUUGGACCUGAGUUACAACAGACUGAAGGAUUAUGGAGUGAAGCUGCUUGCUGCUGGAUUGUUGAGCCUACACUGUAAACUGGAGAAACUGAGGCUGAAUCGAUGUUGUCUGACAGAAGACUGCUGUGAAGAGCUGGCCUCAGCUCUCAGCUCAACCUCCUCUCACCUGAGAGAGCUGGACCUGAGUCACAAUGACCUGCAGGAUUCAGGAGUGAAGUUGCUCUCUGCUGGACUAGGGCAUCAAAACUGUAGACUAGAGAUACUGAGGCUGUCAUUCUGUAAAGUCACAGAGGAAGGGUGUGCUGUUCUGGCUUUAGCUCUGUGGUCAAACCCCUCCCACCUGAGAGAGUUGGACCUGAGCUUCAAUCACCCAGGAGUCUCAGGCGUGAAGCUUCUCUCUGCUAAACUGGAGGAGGCCCAUUGUAAUCUCAAUGUGGACCAUAAUGAAGAGAUCUGGAUAGAACCACAGCUGCUUAAGAAGUAUGCCUGUGAGCCCACUCUAGACCUAAACACAGUAAGCAGACACCUAUCUCUGUCUCAAGGAAACAGACAGGUGACAGGAGUUCGACAGCAGCAGCUGUAUCCUGACCACCCCGAGAGAUUUGACUGUCCACAGGUGCUGUGUACAGAGGGUCUGAGUGGGCGCCAUUACUGGGAGGCAGAGGGGAGUGGGCACUUGACUGUCAUAGGAGUGGCAUAUAAAGGAAUCAGCAGAAAAGGAAAUGGUCGUGUCUGUAAGCUUGGAUCCAAUGACAAUUCCUGGUGUCUUGCCUGUUCUAAGUACCAUGACUCUGCCGACUACAAUAAUGAAACCACUAAAAUAACCUCUCCUCCAAAGCUAUCUGAGCAAAACAAGAGAGUAGGAGUGUUUUUAGACCAUCCUGCUGGAACUGUCUCCUUCUAUGAGGUCUCCUCUGACACAAUGACCCACCUUUACACUUUUCAGACCACAUUCACUGAGCCCCUCUAUCCAGCGUUUGGAAUCCAGAGUACAAACUCCUCAGUGUCUUUUGGGGUUGCCAGUAAUCCUGUAGAGGCUAAGAGGCCAUCGGUGGAAGAAUUUCAAGAAUUGGGUGGUAUUUCCUUAAUUGGAGGAUUUCUUCAUAAAGAUCUUUUCCAUUACAGAAACUGAAGAAGCACAAAUGUUUCACUAUUGCUAAUUUGACACAAUGAUUGCGGUAGAUGUUUCAAUCGUAAAGUGAACCUGAAGAAAUCACAAAAACAUUCACGAGAGGGAAAAAAGUCUGCUUUGUGAAUUUGAAUUUUAGUUUUCUUGCAAGUGAAAAAACAACAGCACUAAAGCACAGAGAAAGAGGAUAAAAACGUGAAAGUCAACAUGUAAAAAUGUGUCGAUUACAACAAGAUUUAAGAGCACGUUAAACCUUACAGCUUUAGGAAAAUACCACCUACGGUGGAUAUUAAAAUAUGUCCCAUCUAGGCUACUUUAGCUGCGUUUAUACAGGCAGCCCAAUUUUGAUAUUUUGACCAAUCAGAUCAUUGCCAAUAAUUGGACAAAUGAGUAGAAUUGGACUGCCUUUGUAAACUUAGCCUAAGGCUCUGUGUUUUAAACUAGCUUAAAUAUUUUUCGAAAUUAUGCUCUAAUGCUUUAUUAAAGCUGUUCUUAAACAUAUAAUUUUGUAAAACUUGAUUUGCUUAGUAUUCCUAUUGUUUCCCCAGAUAUCCUGCAUAGUAUCAGGUAGAGAUACAGGUAAAUGCCGAAAUAAAGGGAACACCAACAUACACCCACAGCUUCAAUGCACCUUGGCAUAGAUUCUACUGGAACUCUAUUGGAGGGAUGAGACACCAUUCUUCCACAAGAAAUUCCAUCAUUUGAUGUUUUGUAGAUGGUGGUGGAAAACACUGUCUCAAGGCCCCGCUCCAGAAUCUCCCAUAAGUGUUCAAUUGGGUUGAGAUCUAAAAAAGCCAUGGCAUAUGGUUUAAAUAAUUGUCAUGCUCAUCAAACCAUUCAGUGACAACUCAUGCCCUGUGGAUGGGAGCAUUGUCAUUCAAACGGGGGCAUAGCCAUGGUAGCUAAAAUAAUGGCCGGCCCAGCAUUUUUAUACAUUUUUAUACAUAUUUAUUUGCUUAAUUAACUCAGGAACCACACCUGUAUGGAAGCACCUGCUUUCAAUAUACUUUGUAUACCACAUUUUCUCAAUUGUUUUCAUUAUUUUGGCAGUUACAGCUAUGUUUCCACAAUCCCAAUAUAACUUCUCAGUCCUUCACAUUAUAGACCUUUGGCUUCAUCUGCUGGCUUCUGGAAAAUAAAGCAUUGCCAAAACAA